AUCGUUUCUCAGGAGCCGGAGAACGUGAAGAGAAUGGGACCAGCGGUGCAUGUCUCAUCUCCUGCAGUCAUCAGGGGCAACUGGUUAAAUUGUGGAAAGGUUCCUUCCGUUGCACUUCUAUCACUGGCACGAGGUGAAAAGAUGGAAGGCAGCGGCGACAUGUACUGAGGCAAUUUAAAAACGGAAGCUACAGUCGCACCGUCUCAACCUGCCACAAGCUCGAGCGCUCGGGGAUGCGUGAUUAAGAUGAAUUGCUCCGAAUUCAAUUUCCACAGUCCGAUGUUGUCAAUAAACAGUUCAUUCGUCAGAGCAGAGAGCAGCGAUUUGUUCCCUCAUCACAACACUGAGCUGGAAAGAAUGUUAUUAUUGACCAUCCAGGAGCCAACCACCAUCUCCCUGACUGUAAUGUACUCGCUGUCGUUUUUGGUGGGCUUCAUGGGGAACAUCACGGCGAUUCGGAUCCUCACCAGCCAGAGAAACCGGAAGGUCCAGAGUGUCAGCGCUACAAAGAGUUUACUGAUCAACCUGGCCGUCUGUGACCUGAUGGUGGUCUGCAUCUGCAUGCCCAUCACCCUGGGCCACACCAUCUACACACCCUGGGUGUACGGGGAUCUGCUCUGCAGGGCGGUACCCUUCAUCCAGGCAGUCUCUGUGUCAGCUAGUGUACUCAGCCUGACGGUCAUCAGCGUGAACAGGUACUACAGCGUCCACAGCCCACUGAAUGCCCGCUCCUACUUCACCCGAAGGAAGAUUUACAUCACCAUCAUCAUUGUGUGGAUUCUGAGCUCCAGCAUCUGUUCCCCGCUUCUUUUCAUGAUAAAGUUGGAUGAGAUCUGUCUGAUAAACAUUGCAGUUCCUGUAUGCAGAGAGCUCUGGCCACAAAUGAGGCUCAAGCAGGUUUAUAACGUUCUCCUUUUCAUCACACUCUACUGCAUCCCCGUGGCUUUUAACCUGACCAUCAGUUUCCUUACGGGCCGGAAGCUCUGGAGGGCGUCGAGGCAUUUUAGCGACUUUGACCCGCACAGUCAGGUGAUGUACGCUUCAUGUUUGAAGACGCGGAAGAAGAUUGCAAAGGUGGUCGUCACCCUGGUGCUGCUCUUCGCAGUGUCGUGGUUGCCCCUGUAUGUGACUGAUAUUUUAAUCGACCACGAGAUGCAUCCCCCACACUGGAUCCUACAAACACGGCCAUUCGCCCAGUGGCUGGGUCUUACCAAUUCUAGCCUCAACCCCAUCUGCUACUGUUUCCUGGGGGAUCUGCACCGCUCUGCCAAGAUACUUAAAUCCAAGUACCACCAGAGGAUGUUGUCUCUCCUCAGCACUUCGAGCUCCACCAGGCUACCCAGACUGCUUUUAUUUAAGCGGCAGACAUCCAGCCAGAGGCAAGAGUCUGGGGCUCAGGUGUCUGAGGAAACACUCUCAUAUUGGUGCUCUCACACAAGCGUGGAAGACUUCAACCAGAUGCUGUCUCUUCAAAGCCUGUCUGAGAGGAUGGAGUCUGGGAGCACACCUGACCUCAACAGCUUGUAGAUUGAGAAAUGAGUACCUGUGCUAUAGCAUGGCUAAAGUUACCUCUUUAUUAUUCAGUGAAUUAUGGCCAUAAAAAUGGAUGUGUGGGAAGGGUUUGAUGUGAGCAUGGGUUUAAUUACUUACUUAAGGGUUUAAUUACUUUACCCGCCUCUCACACUUUGGUUGAUCAAAAAUGGAAAACUGUCAGUUUGCAUUGGACAUGAAUAAUGAUUUGGCGACAUGUAAUUUAAACUCAUCAUCUUGUGGACACAAAGGACACAAUCAUGCAUAAAAAAACAAAAUACUUUUUAGUCUAAUUAAAGCAAGAAAAACUAGAAUAUUUAGUUUAAUAGCAAAAACAUCCUAAAAGCUACAAUAUAAUUACACUCCAUUACACUCCAUUGUUCACUAUGGGAAUGUUUUCUGAACAUAUACUGUACAAUAUGUGAAUGUUCCAGUUGUUCCGGUGGUAGUUAAUGCACUUUUUUUGUAGUUUUAGCAUCUGUAAUUGUAUACAGGAUAUUAGCAGCAGAACCGAAAUGUAAUGAGCUACUUUGCACUGUUUUCCAAUAGUCUUGUUUGUGUAAAUGAA